AUGCCUUCUCUUCUCUUCCUUAUUCCCACAAAUGCAUAUAAACCGAACAACCAUUCCUGCACUGGUAGGACAGUCACCGCCAUCCCAAAGGUACCAUUGCAUUUGGAAGCCGACCAGUCGUGUUUCCGCGGCCGUUGCAUGCAACUAUCCAUGAAACUUGUGUAUAAGGCGAAAGGGACGAAAUUGGAGAAGAUAAAAAGAAUGGUAACAGGUGAUGACGAGUACAUCUGCAUCAAUUGUUGUCACCCUUCAUCAAGUCUUUUCCUAAAAUAUAGUGACAGCGGUAUUCGACUCACUCCAUGUUCCAACUGUGGCAAACCUGUAGAUGUGUACAUCGAAUAUGAUACUGUUCUGGUAAUAAUCGAUCUCAUGUUGCAAUAUAUUGAAGCAUAUCGACACUUCCUGAUGAAUACUAGCAACCGCGUAUUCUUUAUAUUUUUCAGAAUGCAAUUCUGUCACAAGCUGUGCAUUAUUUUUAUUCUAUGCAAUGCCUACAGCAGAUGGAUAAGGCGACGGAUAAUAUCUGGUAACGAGAAUGCUUAUGAUUUGGAAUGGGAGUUUUACGAAUGUUUAUUGCAAAGUUUGCUAGAAAUGGCGUCGUUCAUGAUUGUUUUGACAUUAAUCUCGUCUCAUAUUUCCACAAGACUUUCCCUCAACAAAGUGUUGCAAGCAUUUUGCGUUGGAUCCUAUGGAAAUGUGUUUGCUGUUAUCUCAAUUAUAUGGCAUUUACAUCUCCUAUGGUCGUACAGAGUGCUUACCGAACUAUUCAUAUUGAUAUCUCAUAUACAAGCACAGCGAGCUGACUUAAUUUGAAUCAGACCAACUAUUCGUGAAAUAAUCUCAACUGCAGAAUGUAGAAGCCGAAAAUGGAAAAUCGAUCUAUGGCGGCAACAAAUAGGGAAUGGAAUGGUAUCUUCCGAGUGGAUUAAGCGAUUAAUUGUAAUAACAUCUCGAGAAAUCCACAUAUCAGUAUCUUGUGUGAGGAAACAAUCUUAAUGCUUGUCUUAUGAUUAGUAGAAAAUUUCAAGAAUCAUAUACACUUUCCCUUCAGUUUUUGCUAUCAUUGUAUGUCCAAGUCUUUUCAUCUUUGUUCGUCUGCGUGCUUUUGUUUAUCCAUCCUCCUGACUGAUUUGUUAAUCUACC